GGCGAGUCACAUGAUCGGCUGAAAGCUGAGGCUCCGUCUGUCACAUGCCCAAACAGAGAGCGGCCGCCGCGGUGUGAACAUGGCCAAUGUGGCCAACAGGGUGUCCUGGUCCGGGAGGGAGCAGGCGGAGGAGGACGGGGAGAGCACGCCGCUGCUCAACGGAGCCAGCAACAGACAGUCUUCCAGUUCCAUUCUCUUCCGUAUCGGGCAGCUGAGCACCGUGGACCUCGGCGAUGAGAACCAAGAACUGGAAAUGGAUUUGUCCUCGCCGGUCAUGAAAGAAAUCCCGCACAACGAGAACCUCCUGUCCCUGAAAUACGAGAGUCUGGAUUAUGAUAACAGUGAGAACCAGCUGUUCAUGGAGGAGGAGCGCAGGAUCAAUCAUGCUGCGUUCCGCACGGUGGAGGUCACCCGCUGGGUCAUCUGCGGGAUGAUCGGGAUCCUGACCGGACUCAUCGCGUGUUUCAUCGACAUUAUGGUGGAGCAGCUGGCGGGUGUGAAAUACCAAGUGAUAAAGAGCAAUAUUGACAAGUUCACAGAGAAGGGCGGCCUGUCGUUCUCGCUGCUACUCUGGGCCACGCUGAAUGCGGCCAUAGUCAUGGUCGGCUCCCUGGUAGUGGCCUUCAUAGAGCCAGUAGCAGCCGGCAGUGGGAUCCCUCAGAUCAAGUGUUUCCUGAACGGAGUGAAGAUUCCCCACGUGGUGAGGCUCAAGACCCUGGUUGUGAAGGUGUGUGGCGUCAUACUGUCUGUGGUUGGAGGCCUCGCAGUCGGCAAGGAAGGCCCCAUGAUACACUCGGGAGCCGUGGUCGCAGCCGGCAUUUCUCAAGGAAGGUCGACCUCUCUGAAGAAGGACUUCAAGAUCUUCGAAUACUUUCGCAGGGACACGGAGAAGAGAGACUUUGUCUCGGCAGGAGCCGCCGCCGGAGUCUCUGCAGCUUUUGGGGCCCCAGUCGGCGGGGUGCUUUUCAGCUUGGAGGAAGGGGCGUCUUUCUGGAACCAGCUGCUGACAUGGAGGAUAUUUUUCGCCUCCAUGAUCUCCACCUUCACCCUGAACUUCGUCCUGAGCAUUUACAACCACAAGCCGGGCGACCUCUCCAACCCCGGUCUCAUCAACUUCGGGAGGUUUGACACAGACGAGAACAGCUACAAGUAUUUUGAACUUCCGAUCUUUAUUGGGAUGGGAGCUAUAGGAGGGAUACUGGGGGCGCUGUUUAAUGCCCUGAAUUACAGGCUGACUAUGUUCCGGAUCAGGUAUCUGCACCGGCGCUGCCUGCAGGUGAUAGAAGCCACGCUGGUCGCCGCCGUAACCGCCUCCGUGUCCUUCGUGAUGAUUUAUUGCUCCUCGGACUGCCAGCCGCUGAGAGAGAACUCCGGAGAGUACACCUUACAGCUGUUCUGUGCAGAUGGAGAGUACAAUGCGAUGGCGUCGGCGUUCUUUACCACCCCGGAGAGCAGCGUGCGCAGACUCUUCCAUGACCCGGCCGGCUCCUUUAACCCGCAGACCCUGGGCCUCUUCACCCUGCUCUACUUCUUCCUGGCCUGCUGGACGUACGGCCUGACGGUCUCCGCCGGGGUCUUCAUCCCGUCCCUCCUCCUGGGGGCAGCCUGGGGGCGUCUCUUUGGAAUCAUGUUAACCAACAUUUCUAAUGACUCCAUUUCGUGGGCUGAUCCCGGGAAGUACGCAUUGAUGGGCGCAGCGGCUCAGCUCGGCGGAAUAGUCAGGAUGACGCUGAGCCUAACUGUCAUCAUGGUAGAAGCCACAGGAAACGUCACCUACGGUUUUCCCAUCAUGCUCGUCCUCAUCACGGCGAAGAUAGUCGGAGACCUUUUUAUCGAGGGCCUCUAUGAUCUUCAUAUCAAGCUGCAGAGCGUCCCCUUCUUACACUGGGAGGCCCCCGUCACCUCGCACUCCCUUGCGGCCAGGGAGGUGAUGAGUACGCCCGUCACCUGUCUGCGCAGAAGGGAGAAGGUUGGCAUCAUUGUGGAUAUUCUAAGCAAAACCACCUCAAACCACAAUGGCUUCCCUGUGGUGGAGAAUAGCGGGAAUACUGGUCAGCCUUCUAGACUGUGUGGAUUGAUCCUAAGAUCCCAGCUGAUUGUGCUCCUGAAACACAAGGUUUUCGUUGAGAGGGAAAAUCUGAGUCUCAUCCAGGGGCGCUUGAAGUUGAAAGAUUUCCGAGAUGCUUAUCCUCGCUUCCCCCCGAUCCAGUCCAUACAUGUUUCCCAGGACGAGCGGGAUUGUCUGAUGGACCUGACGGAGUUCAUGAACCCCACGCCCUACACUGUACCCCAGGAAGCCUCGUUACCGCGAGUUUUCAAAUUAUUCCGAGCGCUCGGCCUCCGGCACCUGGUGGUGGUGGAUAAUCAGAACAGGGUCAUGGGUCUGGUGACCAGAAAAGAUCUUGCUCGUUAUCGUAUUGGGAAGAACGGCCUGGAGGAACUGUCCCUGGCGCAGACGUGAUGUCACCUCCAUUUUUAUAGCCUUCCCUUUCUUUGAUGCGGACAUUCAGCAGUUGCAAGAUGUUGCCACACUGCGAAGACCUGACUGCGCUGGAAGAAAACCCCCGAUCCUGGAAGCCAUAUCGGCCGCAGCACAGGAGCGGCCAUUACCAAGUCUCUGGGCCGGCCGUAAAGUGUGUGCAGCAGCGGUCCUUCCUGGAAGCAGACAUUUUACUUUACUCCAGUACAAGCACGCUGAUGUUCUCUGCACACGUCUGUGAUUCCUACAGUAUAACUAUGCUCCAUAUCUGCAUACUACUAAAUUCAUAAAACCUAGCGGUGUCAUGUAUGUUUUAUGUGUAUAUUACACUCCAGUCACAUCCAAAGCUGCAUUCAGAAUUCCUUUUUCUCUCAGGUUGUCUCACUGCUGCCACCUGCUGGCUUACUAUUUUACAUCGUAUCCUUUUUGCUGUGCUUCAUCAUGGCUUACGUAGGGUAUUCACCCUUUAGAGGUAACGCAUCGCUGUUGGGGCGUGUCGGCACAGCGCUGACGGGUUCAGAUCAGCACCAAAUUAAACUGUGACUACAGCUCUGGAGGUGAAUGGAGUGUAACAUGACCAAAUGGUUUUAUACUGUGAAAUCAACUUGGCUAAACCCUGCAAUGAUGACUCUCCGUUGGUUGGUAAACUACAGCUCCCAGCAUGCCAUGAGCUGCUGGCUGUCAGGGCCUGCUGGGGGUUGUAGUUUACCAUCUGCUCAGGAGCCACACACUGGAUAUUACUGCUGUCAGAAGUCAAUCCUUUCGCUUUCCCAGCAUUUCUGUCGUUCAUCCUGGACGGCCGCUGUUUCAGUGCAUAAUAACUGGGCGAUAUCCCUUUAAAAAUAUUAUUUUUUGUUUUUUAUUUUAGAAUCUUAUUAAAUAUUUAAAAGUAAAUUUAUUCAGUUUUGCUCGGUACGUGCAGCGGCCCAGUC